CUCAGACAAAAAGUUAAGUCUUCUUCUUCUCAUCCUCUUUUUUAUCACAUUUUGGUUCUCUCUUUUUUCUUAUUUUUUUAUCUCUCUAAGCCCCAAACAAAAGAAUGGACUCUGGUUCUGAUCUUUCAAAAGUUGGCAAGGCCGCUUAUUCACCAUUGGAGAGGAAUGGGUUAGCUUCUUUGGACCAGAAGCUGGCUAUGGCUAAGCGUUGCUCCCAUGAGGGAGUCAUUGCAGGGGCCAAGGCCGCUGUGGUGGCAAGCAUUGCGACUGCAAUCCCAACUCUGGCUAGUGUAAGGAUGUCACGUUGGGCUAGAUCCCACCUUAAUCAUACAGCCCAAGCCCUUAUUAUUUCUACUGUGGCUGGUGCGGCAUACUUCAUAGUUGCUGACAAGACAGUGUUGGCAUCUGCAAGAAAGAAUUCCUUCAAAAAUGACACCCUCAACUGAGGGAAACAAGAAAUUGGAGCACUUAAUCAGAGCAAGCUACUUCUAGUUUUGUAUUUCUAGUGCCCAUGAAUAAUGAUAUUUAUCUUGCCCCGAUAUAAUAUUGUUUUCUUUAGGUCAUGUAUAUAUUUUCUUUAAGUUUUGGUAAUUAAAAAAGAAAAUAGAAGUGCUAUUAUUACGAGUAAAGGCCUUGUGUACCUGAUAUUUAUCAUGGAGACAUGGAAUGGAA